AUGGCGGGUGUGAAUGUCACAGCAUUUCAAUCAGCUUGUUUUGAGCUGGAAGAACAGUUAACUGGCAUAGACGACAAAGCUGAACGUCGACAAUACAUCCAAGAUCAUGUGCAGAAAUUAACCAAAGGAAAAUACACAGUUUGUCCGGAUUUUAAGCAGGGCUUAGAGUGGUUCAAUGUGCCUUCCCCUCUCAGUUUGUAUGGAAACCUCAAAGGCAAGUUGGUAGUGCUAGAUUUUUUUACCUACUGCUGUAUCAACUGCAUCCACAUCUUGCCUGAUCUCCAUGCCCUAGAACAACAGUUCACAGUCACGGAUGGUGUGGUGGUGGUUGGGGUACACUCUGCCAAGUUUGACAAUGAGAAAACAUCAGCAAACAUUCUCAGUGCUGUAUUACGGUACAAUAUCACCCAUCCUGUUGUCAAUGAUGCUGAUGCUUCUCUAUGGCACCAGAUGAGCAUCCAGUGUUGGCCAACACUCCUGGUUUUAGGCCCAGAAGGGCAGUUAUUAUACACCUUUGUAGGUGAAGGACACAGAGAGGAACUCCUGGAAUUUGUUUCUGUAGCACUUGACUACUUCAAAUCUCGUGGCCAGAUAUCUGAUGCAAAUGUUGAGAUGAAAUUGUAUAAGGAUUCUAUCCCACCUUCCCCUCUGUUGUUUCCUGGCAAGGUUUGUGUUGUUGAGGAAAGCCUGGUCAUCACAGACAGUGGACACCAUAGGGUACUGGUCACAGAUAGACAGGGAGUAGUCCAGGAAUGUAUUGGAAGUGGAAAGGCUGGUAUGAGAGAUGGACAUUUUACAGAGGCUAUGUUUAGUAGUCCCCAGGGUGUGGCAGCAUUGGGGAAUGUAAUAUUUGUUGCUGAUACAGAGAACCAUGCUGUCAGAAAGAUAUGCCUGGAUUCCAAGCAAGUUGAGACUGUGUGUGGUACAGGAAAGCAGGGCCAUGAUCAUGAAGGGGGGCAGCAGGGGACUGACCAGGAGAUCAGCUCACCUUGGGAUCUUGUCCUGGGGAAGUCUGUGGGUUCAUCAGACCCAAAUGUUUUAUUUAUCGCUAUGGCUGGAACACAUCAAAUAUGGAUGUAUUUUCUGGAGGAUGGGAAGUGGCUGAAGGGAAGCCAAUACAGUAAAGGCACCUGUGUAAGGUUUGCUGGAAGUGGAAAAGAGGAGAAUCGUAACAACAGCUACCCAGCCCGUGCUUGUUUUGCACAGCCUUCAGGUCUUGCCUUAGAUUCCACUAAGAAUAUGCUGUAUGUGGCAGAUAGUGAGAGCUCAACAGUGCGUAUGAUCUCCCUGCAAGAUGGUAGUGUGAAGGCACUUGUUGGUGGGGAAAGGGAUCCUAUGAAUCUGUUUGCCUAUGGAGAUGUAGAUGGCAAGGGUGUUGAUGCCAAGUUGCAGCAUCCUUUGGGUGUGGCUAUGUUUGGAGAAGACCAGGUGGCAGUGGCUGACUCGUACAACCACAAGGUGAAGUUAAUUAAUCCAUCAACUAAGACCAGCACCACCAUCCUGGGCCAAGGUGAACCAGGGAACAGGUGUGGCAGUGCUACAGAUGCUGCCUUUAAUGAACCAGGAGGGCUGGCACUGGACCCAACUGGACAGUAUUUGUACAUUGCUGAUACCAAUAACCACUCCAUCAAAGUUUAUGAUCUAUCCACCAAGGAGGUGGCAGAGUUCCCUGUGAUAUUCCCUACGCUCACAGAAUUAGACUGCACUGACUCCCUUCCACAGCCAGUCUUCAAACGCCUGACCCCAGCCAGGGCGGAGCUUGUCACUCUAGAGCAGCUGAAUUUGCUGGAAGGGCAGCUGUUACUGUGUCACCUCAAUAUACAGUUACCUGAACACUGGCACCUGACAGAGGGGGCACCUAGUGCAUGGCAGAUAUGGCUGGAAGAUGAUGUCACUGAAUGCGAAUCUCCUGCUAAAGGCAGCCUGACGGACCUAGUCCACCUGCCCUGGCUGGAGUUCAGAGGGAGGAGAACUGGGAAAACGGACAUAAAACUGGAGUGCAUGUUAUACUAUUGUGACGAUAUUGGGACAUGUAGGAUGAAAGGACUGGUUUUUGUUCAACCAGUUGUGAUAUUCAAAAGGGACGCCCAUCCGUCAACAGACAGCGUUCAGUCUGAUUUCACAUACUUGGUGCAGUGAAAUCAAUCUUUCAAUAAAUAUGAUACAACACGUUUUAGAUAUACAUAUUCUUUAAAUAUGGAUGUUGCCACUGUGAUACGAAUAUGAAAGAUUUUUAUACAUGCACAUUUAUCAGCGAAUAUUACACAAAGGGAAAAGAAAUAGGAGCAGGAGGGAUCAACAGUGCGGAUUUGUACGUACAUAUAAACCCGGUUAUCUUCGUAGUGCACUGUAAUUUGCUGAUCCUAUUAAAUGAUUCAUUGUAGACCAAUAUUUGUUUACAUUGUAACUGAUUUAUCAUGUGAAUAGCAGUAAUAAUGCAAUUGCAGCAAUAAUCACCUAAAUCAGGAAAAACUUAUGUGCUUUUGACUUGGUUUACUCUAGACGUCACGGCUAGAAAGUCACGUUGCAUAUCAUUUAAGCAUGUAGGCAUCUGAUGGAGAAACAUCAUUUGGAUCUUUAUUUAAUUUGGUCUACUUCAUUUA